GCUUUACGCUCUGGCCAAUGAGAAAUUGUAUCACGUGGGAGCUGGGGCUUGAUUCCACGUGGGAGAGCCAGGAAGAGCCUGUAGUCAUCAUGCUGCGCCGGGAAGCCCGCCAGAGGCGAGAGUACCUCUACCGGAAAGCCCAAGAGGAGAGACUGAAGACUCUCCAGGAAAAGAAGGAAAAAAUCAAGAAAGCACUAGAUGAGAACUGCCUCAUCCCCACAGAAUUGCGGAAGGAGGCUCUUGCACUUCAGAAGGAGCUUGAAUUUGAUGAUGGAGGUGGCGAAGGAGUGACGAGCCAUGUGGAUGAUGAGUACCGCUGGGCUGGUGUGGAGGAUCCCCGCAUUAUGGUUACCACUUCUCGUGACCCCAGCUCUCGUCUCAAGAUGUUUGCCAAAGAGAUUAAGCUGGUUUUCCCUGGAGCCCAGCGCAUGAACCGCGGCCGACAUGAGAUGGGUGCCUUGGUUCGUGCCUGUAAGUCCAAUGGGGUAACCGACCUGCUGAUUGUGCACGAGCACCGAGGGGUACCUGAUGGGCUUAUAGUCAGUCAUUUGCCCUUUGGCCCCACGGCUUACUUCACACUCUGCAACGUGGUCAUGCGCCACGACAUCCCGGACAUCGGCACCAUGUCGGAGGCCCACCCCCACCUCAUCUUUCACAACUUUACUUCCCGACUUGGACAGCGGGUCACCAGCAUCCUGAAAUACUUGUUUCCAGUGCCAAAAGAGGACAGCAAACGAGUCAUCACUUUUGCCAACCAAGAGGACUAUAUCUCUUUCCGGCACCAUGUUUACAAGAAAACCGAUCACCGGAACGUGGAGCUCACUGAAGUUGGGCCGCGGUUUGAAAUGAAAUUAUAUAUGAUCAAAUUGGGAAGCUUGGAGCAGGAGAAUACGGCUGACGUGGAGUGGCGCUGGCACCCGUAUACCCGCACGGCCAAGAAGCAAAAAUUCCUCAGCACCGAGUAGUUACAUGAAUCCCAAAUGCCUCUUCGUUUCCCUCAUUGGCCUUACCUCAUCUCCAUCAAGAUUCGGUGAUGUACUGACAGAACAAUAUUCCCUGGACUCUUUGGAUUUGCCUUUUUUACCUCUUAGAAUUAACGUUUGCUCACUGUAGUUAGUAAAAACAUGCGGAACGCAAUGGCUCCAAUUAC